CGCUGCUGUCACCUCGCUCCUUCCACGGCAGCGGAGGCGCGUAUGCCGCAGGGGAAGCAUGUUAACUCGGCACGAAAUAUUUCGCAACUUUUAGUCUACUGACGCAACACGGCAGCCCUUCACCACCCAAGCCACAACUUGGCCCACUGCGGGAUUUUUCUACCCUGCUUUGCUGUUGCCAAGUCGGACAGGUUGCAAAGUUAGCUGGAUAAUCAAAGGCAGCUUCUCAGGUUAUGUAGAAAACUGUACUUUGGACUGCUUUGGCGUUGAAAUCUCGAUCUGCGGUGUAUCUGUGGUGUUUAGCACAGAAUACUCGCCUCUAAAAUGGCCCAGCAGAAUUACAGCUGUCAUUAUAAUGAGUCCAUGGGCUUCUUUUACAACAACACUGGCGCGGAAGAUAAAUGGGACAAAACACAGCUCAUCCUGGUCCAGGUGGUGGGCUCUCUCUUCUGCUUUUUCAUCCUUGGCGCUAAUGCCAUGGUCAUAGCUGCUGUCAUCACCAACAAGAAGUUUCACUUCCCUUUCUACUACCUUCUUGCCAACCUCGCUGCCUCGGACUUCCUUGCAGGCAUAGCGUAUGUGUACCUCAUGUUUAACACAGGUGAGGUGUCACGGACACUGACAGUUAAAGGAUACUACAUCCGCCAAGGUUUGCUGGACGUCAGUCUCUCGGCCUCUCUGUCUAACCUGCUGAUGAUAGCUCUGGAGCGCUACAUCUCUGUCGUGAACUGGAAUGUUCAUAGCAACCUGACUAAAAGAAGGGUCACCCUGCUGAUUGUUCUGGUGUGGGCCGUCUCCAUCUUCAUGGGGGCUGUGCCCAGUCUGGGCUGGAACUGCAUCUGCAACCUGAGUGACUGCUCUCAGCUGGCUCCCAUCUUCAGCUUUUUUUUUUCUGCAUCUAACCUGCUGAUGUUCCUGAUCAUGGUGGCCAUCUACAUGAGGAUCUACGCCUAUGUAAAGAGGAAGACGUCAAUGCUCAUGGCACACACAAAAGGCUCCAUCAACCGCAAGAGGACGCCUUUUAAGCUUAUCAAGACAGUCAUGUUUGUGCUUGGCGCCUUUGUGAUCUGCUGGACCCCUGGCCUGGUGGUUCUGCUGCUUGAUGGGCUCAACUGUAAGAGCUGUAAUGUCAUGAAAUUAAAGCGCUGGCUGCUGCUCCUGGCUGUACUUAACUCCGUUAUGAACCCCUGCAUUUACUCCUACAAGGAUGAGGAAAUGUGGACAACCAUCAAGAAUCUCAUGUGCUGCGUUUACGACGGCACUCGACGGCAGCGGUCGACAAAAGCGAACAACAGGCCACAUAGCUCGGGUCAGGAUGUGGGAAACAGUCAGCCUCCUUCAGAGGAGAUGAAAAAUGAUGAUCAGGGCAUACUCAAAACCUGAAGAUGGGAGUUGUUAAGAGAUAAAUUCUGCCCUGGAUGUACCUUAUGAAGAGAGAAAUUGGAGUUGACUUGAAAGAGAAACUACACAUUUAGUCUCCAGUUGGUCUUCGGAGGUCAUUGUUGCCCUCUGGUUACAGUCUUGAAGAUACACUGCAGGCCAACAGCUGCAGUGCAGAGCUGGAGAAAAGAGACCCCGAUGCACUAAUAAUUCCCCAAUUGGAUACAAAGAUGUGAUUAUUAUUAUUUUUUUUAUGUUAAUUCAGGAUUUUAUAGUUUCUGGAAACACAGCAGCUCCCAUUUAAAUGUAACAGCCUUUUUCAUCCUGUCUUCCUCAUCACAUCUUCGUGGGGUUUUAAACUUGGAUGAUAGUGUGGUGCAAUACACAGCGGUACAUUUUUACUAUUACCUCAAAGGGGGUAAACAUCAUGCAGAGGGGGAUGUUAGUUUACCAGUAUAAAUUUAGUGUACAUCUGACUGAAUUAUCCAGUAGGUUUAGCACCCUUGUAGCUUCUGUGGAAGCAUGUUUAACUUGUUUACAGACAGGCACUAUAAAACUAUAAUUUUGCUCGAGUCUGACAAAGUUUUCCUGUUUUUAAACAGCCAGUGACAAAUACUGUAAACUGCUGUACUGGAAGCACCUACUUAAACAUCCUGUAUUGGGAUGAAUUUUUAAGAAAUUUCAACUGUCUGACAGCUACAGUAGCAUGCUCAGCAUGAUCUUGUUGUUUUGGCAAUAUUUGCAGUUUUAAUUAGAUAAUCAUGCCCUGUUUUCUUUUGUAAGCAGUUUUGCCACCUGGAGAAUAGAUCACAGAGUCACUCCUUUCUUGUCUCGUCCGCCAUCUUUUCUCAAUCAGGUCAUCUGAACAAACAAAGUUUGACCUGCAGCGCCUCAUGGAGGAAAAUCUCCCUGUAACAUUUUCAUACAUCCGCUUCAACUCACUGAAUAGUUGCUGUUGCUCUGACCAAACAGCUGCUCACCUGAAAGUGGAGACAUUAUAAAUUAAUGUUGCAAUACAGUGGAGUCCUGCUGGAGGUACCUGCAGGAACCGAAGAGGAUAUGAUUGAGUAGUGUAAUUACCCCACACAGAAGCCCCUCUCCGAGCUGCUCUGACAACUCCAUAACUAAAUCCCUGAAUCAUUGACAGAGGUCAAGCAACUCUUCACUGAUUCUUCAACCUGCUGUACAGUAUUUAUGCCACUCCUACUGUAAAGGACAUGAUAUCACUAAAGCUAUUUAGUUUUUUCUUGGGAGUGUAGAAAUGAGUUGUACGUGUAAAAAGGUUUACAGCUCCAGUGGGGUUUUUUGAUUUAUUCAUAGUCAUUCCUGUGUGGUGUGUUUUCAUAACUAGUUUGUUACAUAACAGCUUUUUGUUUUUGUUUUUUAAUUAAUCAUUGAACAUGAUAAUGCCUACAAUAUGUCUGUUGUGUCCUGAUCAUAUGGCAAGAAAAGACAAGAAGCACAGAGGUUAAUUUCAUCAGAGGGAUUACAAUGACUUUCUUUACACAGUAGUUAUCUAGUAUUAACAUCAAGUUCAGAAUCAUUUCUUCAAAGUUCCCAAAAUGUAAUAAUAAUAGCAGGUUCUAACAAUAUACAGAAUGAUUCUUGGUCUUGAAAUUGUAUGACUUUUUAUCGUUCACUGCACUUUUAGCCACACUAGCAGAGGAGCUCAUGGACAGUUGGUUGGAUAAUUAGACCACCUCUUUGGGCCAGACUAAAAUAUCUACUACUGGAUAGACUGUCAUGAAAUUUUAUACAGACAUGAUCUCUAGAAGAUGAAUCCUACUGACUGUCUCCUGACUUUUCAUUAAGUGUCACCAGCAAAUUAAAGUUAUCACUCAUCUAGUGACGUAGCUGAACAUCUGUCAAAUGAGUUGCCACAAAAUUUAAUAGACAUUCGUGAUAUCCAGAUAAUGUAUCCAUAUGACUUUGGUGACCCCCUGAUUUGAUAUAUGUGAUUUAGAAUGACAUCUUUCAACAAAUACUGGAUGAAUUGUCUUAAGAUUUGGUGCAGAUAUUCAUGUCCUCCUCAAAGUGAACUGCAAUAACUUUUGUGAUCGCUACACUUUUCAUCUAAUGCCAAAAUUGGUCUUCAUUUUCAUUUGCCUAAUACUUUCAUUUGCUAAACUAAUAACAUGCCUAUCAGCCUCGGCUUUACUUUGUGUUUAGCCUGCAAAUGUUAGCAGGCAAACACACUGGCUAAUCUAAGAUGGUGAACAUGGCAAACAUUAUCUGCAAAGCAUCAACACCCAAACAUUGUCAGUGUCAGCAUGCUGUAUGCUGAUGUUAGCAUUUAUUACAGCCUCACAGAGCUGCUGGGGCAGCCGUGGCCAUUUUAAAUGUUGCACACAACACCAGCAUGGCACUGACUUCAGCCAAACCAAACAUAAGGUUUCUAGCAAAUCCUGUCUGACUAGGUCAGACUCUUCUAAUUUUAGAUUAAAUUAACUGUCACUAACUGAUGAUGGCUGCUUGUAAUUGUAAACCCAAAAAGCUUUGGUAAAAUAUUGGUGUAGAUGUAACAAAAAUAUCACUGAAAGGAUUCUCCUAAUACCAGAUUUAGUCUCAACAAGACCCUUCUGUGAAUUUAACUGUGAAACUGUGAAAAUAACCACAUGAAUGUCCAGAAAAUUGUGAAAUGGUGGUGGUCUAAAGCAAAAAUGAUAUUCUUUUAAAUAUUAAUACAUGUUAUCUAGGUUAUAAAGAAUCUAUUCUGUGCACAGAUUUAAGUCACAGUCAUUUUUUUUACGUGCUUAUAGUGUACAUAGUUCUUCUCAAAAGGCCUUUAAAUCCUGUUCAUCUUUCAAACCUUCCCUCAAAUUUCCUCAAGUUGAAUGCUUGAAAUGCAAACCUAUUGUUCAUACCUUUUCACUCCUCACAACCACAAACCCACAGCUGUGUUGAUUUUUCCCUCUAGGUAACUCUAGAUAACUUGCUUUUAUGCAGUGAAAUCUUACACAAUCCUCAGCAUGUAAUUCCCUAAACACAUCCAGCAUCCUUUGACAGAAACAUAAAUGGUUCAAUGCAGUACAUUUUGCUCAUAGAGAAUUGUUCAGGAUGUAAAUGGCACUGAGUUUGUUUCAGGUUAAGGUUUGGCCUGAGCAUGUUCACAUAGUUUCCUUUAGGAAUACUGUAUGCUGUACUGCAGUGAGUGCUGCAUAUCCCCAGCAGAGCCCUGUGCACAGCACAGUAGACCUGUCCUUGACUGCUGCCUGCCACUCAGGGUUUUGCAUUUCCAAAAACAUGAACUUUACACAGUUGGGCGAGGCAGGCCUUUUUCUACAGCUGUGCUGUAAUUAUGCAUUUCUGUAAAGCCAAUUAAAUUUCACAGAUGUUCAUAAAGGCUGUCUUUUGGUUUGUUCUAAAUGUCAGGGCAAACAGAUGUAGGCAGAGGUGGAAAAUUGGGGUAUGGUAUAAAUAUCCACUGUGCCACAAUGGCCAGGCCUCAACAGCAAAAUGUGCAGUAAUAAAA